GGAUGAAUGGGAUGAAUGGAUUGGAUGGAUGGAUGGAUGAAUGGCUCCCCACCAAUCCAACAUUUGUUUGUUGAAUUACCUAUUGAUUGAAUGGAUGGAUGGAGGAUUAAAUGACUUCUCCUCCCACCUUCUUCUUUCUUCUUUCCGUUACUUGGUGUUCUCGAAUCUGCAUUUGCAUUUGCUUAAAUAAAUAGGAAAGAAGUUUGCUUUAUCCACUCACCACCUUAUCAUUUCUGUGCUUUCUGGAGAAAGAAGGAGACACAGUUGUUCGAGAGACUCUUCACACAUACCAUACCAUACAUAUUCCCUAGGUACUCUUGGAUUAUUCAUCGAGAGACAUCGACAACACAAGAACAUUCCUCAUCGAGAUUCCAACACGAUAAUACUUCUCUCCAAAAAGCAAAAAUGGCUCCAAUAACCACUCUCCUCUUCGACUGCGACAACACACUCGUGCUCUCCGAAUCCCUCGCCUUCGAAGCAUGUGCCGAUCUCGCCAAUGAGAUUCUCGAAGCCCGCGGCAUCAGCGAUCGGUACACGGGUCCCCAACUCCUCUCUGAAUUCGUGGGACAGAAUUUCCGCGGCAUGAUCAGCAGUCUCAAGAGCAAAUACAACUACGAGAUGAGCGCUGCGGAACUCGAGGGGUACGUGAGCAAAGAAGAAGACAAGGUGAUUGCGAAGCUCAAGGCGGCGUUGAAGCCUUGCGAGGGAGUAGACGAGGAGUUGGUGAGGUUGGAAAAGGAAGGGGGGUAUUUGAUGGCGGUUGUGAGCUCGAGUGCGUUGAGACGAUUGAAGGCGAGCGUGGAGAAGACAGACCAGGCGAAGUAUUUUGGAGAUCGCAUUUACAGCGCGGCGACGUCGUUGGAGAAGCCGACGAGCAAACCGGAUCCGGCGGUGUAUUUGCACGCGAUGCAGAAGUUGGGGGUGGAGCCGCAAGAGUGUGUGGCGAUUGAGGAUAGUAAGAGUGGUGCGACGGCGGCGGUUAGGGCGGGGAUUUUGACGGUGGGUUAUGUGGGGAGUUAUGAGGUGGGCGAGCAGAAGGAGAUGGAGGAGGUGUUGAGGAAGGCGGGGUGUAAGGUUUUGAUGAGGGAGUGGAAGGAGUUUAAGGGGAUUUUGGAGAAGAUUCAACAGGGGGGGUUGGAGAAUUAGAUGGCGGUUGGUUUGGGGAUGCGCGGUUAUAGUGUUAGAUUGGAGAGGAAGAUGAGAAAUGAGAUAUGAGACAUGAAAUCAGUAUUUCUUUACACCAAAAAACUUUCAUGGGGUGGAGAGGGGGAAAUAGCAUCGCUUAAAGUUUUUAAAGAGAGACGUGGUAAAGUAAAAAGAGAUGGAGAAUAGGAGACGUGAUUAGUUUAUCCAUGGCAUACCUACAUGACUUUCAAUCAUUUUUAUUAUUACAUUUACCUAUCUCCUUCUUUGGCUUUUUGAGAAUUUUGA